GCUGAAUGCUUUGACUACUUCAGCAUCACCGCACCCUUGGCUUUCCCCGCCUCGGCGCCUUCGUCUCUGAAGCAGGAAUUCAUUCUCUCUGUUGCGCUGCCCAGUAAUUCAGAUUCACCUUUGCCGGCAGCUGGCCGACGAGAUGGCACAGUGGUCUGGUGGCGGCGCUCUCGCGAGGAACGAGCGCGAGCGCAGUGGCGAUGAUGUGUUCAAUGCACGUCGGGCUGCCGAGAACAAACGGCGAACGCGAGUGGACCCGCUCACGAGAGACCACUACAAAAUCGGCUGGGUCAGCGCGCUUCCUAUAGAGCUCGCUGCGAGUGUGGCUCUUCUCGACGACCGCCACGAGCCACUUCCGAAGCUAGAUGGCGACAGCAACGCCUACGUUUACGGCACCAUAGGCGGUCACAAUGUCGUCAUGGCGCACUUGCCGAACGAUCUGCCUGGUUCUGGUAGUGCUGCUAAUGUCGCCGCAAACAUGUUUAGAAGCUUCAAGAACCUUCGGUUCUUGCUUCUCGUUGAGAUCGGCGGCGGCAUUCCACGACCAGACCACGAUAUUCGGCUCGGUGACGUGGUCGUCGGUCGCACGAUGAUUCAACAUGAACUUGGCAGGGAGGAUUCUGGCGAUGGGCUAGAGGAUACCGGCGAUCCAUACAUGCCGCCUCGGGACAUCAGGACGACGCUUUCGGCAAUCAAGGUUCGCGCAGAAAUGGGGCAAAAUGCUCUACAUGGCCUUCAUGACCAAUUGGAGAAGCGCGGCCUCGUCAACAACGAGUACUUGGAUGGAAACCGACUAGAGGACCAUCUUUUCAAGGAAGAUUAUGACCAUCUUGACGGGACGCAGGAGUGCGACAAAUGCGAUAUUGCGCAACGCGUGCAGAGAACAUCAAGGCAAAGUGCCGACCCGCAGAUACACUAUGGCAUAAUCGCGUCGGGACCCCAGGUCAUCAAGAACGCCAAGGUCCGAGACGACAUAGGGAAUCGCCACCAAGCUCUCUGUGUGGAGACGGAGGCUACCGGCCUGAUACACAAAUUUCCAUUCUUGGCCAUCUGUGGCAUCUGCACCUACGCGGAUUCUCACAACAACGACCGCUGGCAGAAAUAUGCUGCCAUGGCGGCAGCCACGUACGCAAUCGAAUUCCUUCGAAGCUGCCAGUCCGUCGAGAACUAACCGGAGCCUGCGUCUACAAUACAUACACGGGCAUUUCGUCGUGUACGCGUGUAUGAGAAGGGUCCUCUACAUAAGCGGCCGACUUGCUCUCCUCGGAGUUGCGAGCCGCCUGAUAAAACACUUUUCGAAUGCCUUGACUGUGGCAAACGCGUAGCCCUCGCAUCCUGCAGGCGACUUCUAGCCUCCACUCAGUAAAAAGCUAGCACGGCAUAACACCUGGCAGUAGGCCGCAGUAGAAGUCGUGCCCCAGCUUCUGCUCUACUAGCAAUAUCACGAGCUCCU